AUGUCGGUGGCGGCGCAAACUUUCAAAGUAGCGGCGGAGGUGCACGCUUCUCCAAGCGUGCAAACAUCAAAACACCACUCUACAUCUUUUGAAGAUAUUUCCGACUCUGAAGACGGGACAUCUGAUCACCCUUCACUUCAAACCUGCAACAAACCCUCUAUCGAGGGUUACCCCUCUAUCGGAGAUAUAUUAAAUAUCUCCGAAUUGGGAUCAUCACCUGAAGAGGGGUUAACACAGGCACAUAUAACUCAACCCCAAGUUGAAGAGGAAAUACCCAUGAAACCUAUGACUGAGACCCAAGUCUGGGAAAAAGAGCUUAUAUCGAGAACAGAGCCGUCACUCACUAAUGUAGUGACGAGAGUUCUCCAAAUCCCCAACCGCGCAGAAGCUUACCACCAAGCAUUAUGUGAGGAUUUUAAGGGAGGACUUGUGUCGGCUCUUGAACGUCAUCAAGACCGCAUUCAGGAAAGGUUAAAUGAGAAUUUAAAGGAAAGUGAACUCCUUAAAAAAGCCAUCCAAAACAUUUUUUCAUAUGGUGAAAAAAUUUCCGAGGCUUUUCACGAGGAGAAUAUCCGGCUUUCACAGGAUCUCAUUAAUAUAAAAGCUUCCCUGGCCAAUGCUGUGAGGUCAGAUUCUCGAGACUUAUUCAACAAAAAUGUCGCUGGUGAUGUCCUGAGAUGCGGGAUGCGGGAUGAAGGUGCAUAAAGCGGUAUAUGUUGUAUUCUACCCCGUAGGUGGUCCCUGCAACCCUGUAUAGUUAGUAUUAAUGAUUUUAAAAGUGUAUAUAUUGGAUCAAUAUUUGUAUUUAUGUUUAUUUUUAGUUAGUAUUAAUUAUUUUUUAAGUGUAUAUAUAUUAAAUUUUAUAUUUAUGUUUAUUUGUUUAUUUUUAAUAAAAACGUAUUUAACAAUUUCAUUGGUUUUUCUUACUUUAAACUUGAGAAGUAUUUAAUUUUUAUAAAAUAAUAUUUAUGUCGAAGGGGGUAAUAAACA